AUGGCCAAACGGUUCUCGAGUUUCGAGGAUCUCAUGGGCGCUGAGGAAGUGGCUCCAAACGUAUACAUAUCUAAACAUCCUCUACCUCGAGGACGCUCAAAAUCUUGGAAUGGAUAUCUUGGAAGCGUGGUAGGUCAAGCAGUAUUGGCGGCUGUUUCCAGUUCGGGGCCAGGAUUUAGUCCAAAUUCCGUCCACUCGCUGUUUUUGAAGCCCAUAUCGAUGGAGUCCGAGGUGACAUGGAAAGUGGUCGAAACGGCAACAGGAAAGACUUUCUGUCACAGAAAUGUCAAGGCUUACCAGCGGAACGACUUGGUUUACAUGGCGAAUGUUUCUCUCACCAGAAAAAAUUGUUACAGCUCGAUAGAUGCGGAGUACACGGCAUACGUGGAAAGACUUAGAGAAAGAAGACUUCUACAAAGCCAAAGAGACAGAGUCGAGCACGAGCAGGAUAUCGAUGACGAUAACGAAGAUGAAAAGGUCAUUUCGAAGCCAUUUUACUUUGAGACACCCUAUCCUGAUGUGUUGAAGAAGGUUAAUCUCGAGAAGUCAAACAUGAGUUCAGUAUUGAAGCACCAACUUUCUUCUAAGGACAUAUCAAUUGAGGUCAUUGAAGCAAAUGAACAGACAGACGAAGCAGAAUCUGUUUUGCCUCGUAUCAACUGUUUUGCCAGGUUGGGGCAAAAUUCCAAAAUCGAUAAUCACGCCUUUCAAUUUGUUGCACUCGCGGUGCUACUGGAUAUCAGUAUGUUCAGUAACCUCCAGAAAAACAAAUCAAUGUCAUCGUCUAAAUUUUUUGCCGGAAGUGUUAACUCGUCGUUAAAUCAAACAUUGUACAUCCAUGACACCAACUUUGAUUGCACCCAUUGGUUCGGAUACUCUGUCAAACAGGCGCGGAGUGUCAAUGACAGGAUAAUACUAGAAGCGGAAAUUUUUAACGACGAAGGUUUUCACGUUGCCACGGUCAUUCAGGAAGGACACAUUGGCGCCAAGAACCUGGACAGGACCAUGAAGCUUUAG